AUGUGCAACCUAUCAAAAGAGGUACUUGCUUUGAUUGCUGACAAUCUAUGCUUUGUUGAUUACAUGCAUUUUCGUUGUGUCAAUAAACUUUGCGCCUCCAGCACUAUCCGGAUGAGGUCGAAUCCCUUCCCUCCAUGCUUGAUUUACAAGGAUAGGUCUGCCGGUGUCUACAAUAUACUAGAUUCCAACCUUAAUCACAAAAUUUGCGUCAAAAUUCCUGAGCUUCUUAAAGACUAUCAGAUCCGAUGCUCCAGAAAUGGUUGCCUACUGUUGGAAUACAAUAAAGAUUUAGCCUUUUUUAAUCCAUUAACAAUGCACGUACUUCCAGCUGGUGGUGCACCAAUAACGGGCCGUGGGAUCUUGAACUAUACUUUUCUAAGCAAGUCAUCUUCUUCCGGUUGUUCAAUCCUAGCAAUGUCCCGUCAUGGUAUUGGUGGAGUAUCAUUCUCUGUUACACGCAUUUCAGGAUCAGUCCCUAAAUGCCGGUCCUUCGUGGUGGGAGAACAAGGCCAUGAAUGGGUUUUCAAUAAAGGUUGCAACAGUCCAGUAGUCUUGGGAGAAUUUUGUUACCAUCUGGGGGGUGAUGGUAUGCUUGGGCGUGGCCAGUUGACUCAAGAUCAAGAUGAAGUACCCCUAUUCCACUGGCAAGUGUUCGAGGACAUUGUAUAUCCUGACAUAAAAUUUAGACGGAAUUAUUUGACGGAGCGUGGUGGAGAGCUUAUAUCUAUACUUCUGCAUAACGGCAAUGAUCACUCAAGAAAACGACCAUGGGUCAGAGUAUUUAAGCUCAAAGAGCAUAAGGAAUGGGAAGAAAUUGAUACGUUGGAAGGUAGUAUUCAACUCAAUCUUACACGAAACUUUCACCAGCAGGCUGCAGAGCAGAAAGGAGCCAACCUUAACCAGUCGAAUGCUGACCUAGAUUCCUACUGCAAAGAAGCUCAGAUGAUUGCUGAUGAUGUUUUCUUCCUUGUUUCUCUGGGAUAG